UUUAGCACUAUUACUUUAGCUUUGCUCUAAGGUUAAUGGAGUUUUGUUUGCAUGUUCCACCCUGAGCUUGGGAGCAUGUGACAUUAUUCAGGCAAGGAUGUCCUUGUACUCCCUGAUGCACACCACCUCUUCUCACCUUCCUGACUGGCCUUUGCUGUGAAGAAUCACUUUGGUGUCAAACUUGACCCUCAGAACGGGGAUAUCUCAGCCUUCCUUCUUUAAUGUGGCCACAAGACUGUGAACCAAUCCUGGGGAUUAAGUGACAGGGGAAGCAGCAGGUUAGCCUGCUUCAGUGCUCAGUGGCCAGGUGAGGUGGCCUUAGGGACAGUCUGCAUUAACAAGGCAGCAGGGAGUGGUACUUGUACCAUUGAGAACUAGGACCACUGACUGCUGUGCUAAUACUGAGCAUUAACAGUUCCUUUUGAAUGAGGAAAAAUUAAUUCAGAGUCUGGUCUACUUAACAGUGGUUUUCUGAUAUUAGCAUGGAGGGAAUGGUAGGAAAUUCUCGAUGUUACUAAAACUAAUUCUUUCUAUGUCUGCUUAUCUCCUGAAAGAUGACGUGCAGAGCUGCCAAGAUAAGCAUGAGGAAGCCAUCACAGAGAGUUCCCCAUUUGACUUUGUUAUAAAACGGUUCCAAGGGAAGGGGUCGUCUCCUGGAAAAAGAAAAGAGCAGCCUUCAGCUAUUAGAAAAUUCUUCAGGGGCUUUGACUUUGGGAAAUCUGAAGGCAAGGACAGAAGGGAAAUCAAAGAACCAGAAAUAAACCACUCUGAAGCUGGUGAUCAGAGUGAGAAGCAAGAUCUCUCUGUAGAAGAUGGACUUUCACAUCUCAUUUCUGCAGCGGAGUCACCAUCUGGUGAGCAGAGAUUUAUCCAGUUCAUGCAGAAACUGGGAAAGGAACCCAACAGCAAGAAUCUGGAUGUAAAUAAUUGUGCUUUAAGUGCAGCAGAUGUAACAGAGCUGGCUUCUCUACUGCCAUUUCUUCCAGAUCUGGAAGAGAUCAGCCUGUCCUGGAAUGGUUGUGUUGGUGGGAAUCUGAAAGCUCUCACUGUUCAUCUUCAUCAUGUGAACUUGUUAAAAGUCCUUCGACUUAACAACUGCAGGCUGACAGCUGAGGAUGUCACCUCCUUAGGAGAGGCAUUUGAAAUUGUUUCUCAACUUGAAGAACUGGAUUUAUCAUGGAACAGUAACAUAGGUGGAAAACUGUCACUCCUGACAAAAAAACUCCAGAAAGGAUGCAAGUUAAAACUUCUGAAAAUUACAGACUGUAACCUGACGGCAAAGGAUGGAGAAUCCCUUGCUGAAAUUCUAAGUGUCAUCCCCAGCCUCGAAGUAUUAGAUCUCUCUAUCAACAAACAUAUCGGCUGCAGCAUGAAGGUUAUUGCUCAGGAUCUGAAAAAUGUACCAGGCUUGAAAGAGUUAAACUUACACAUGUGUGGAUUAAAGCAAGACGGCCUCCAGGGCUUAGACACUGCUUUACAGCACCUUGCAGAGCUAAGAAAAUUAGACAUAUCAUGUAACAAAGAGAUUGGUGGUGGCUUUAAAGACUCAACAGCUCAUUUGGCCAGCUUGAAAAAUCUUGAAGUCCUUGAUCUCCACCAGUGCUGUGUAACAGAAGAGGACAUGACCGUUUUGUCCCAGGUGAUACCUUUACUCUCCAGUCUUCAAGAGCUGAAUUUAUCCUCGAAUAAAAAUGUAGGAGUUUCAUCUGAUCCUCUUCUGGGCAGGCUCAGGUUUUUACCAAAGUUGAAAUCUGUGGCCAUCAGCAACUGUGGUUUAGGCGAACAGUCGUUUUCAUCACUAGCUGAGGCUGCCCUUCACCUUCCUGAACUGGAGAUAUUAGACCUUUCUUGGAAUAAGUGCGUUGGUGGGAACCUAAAGCUGCUUUUGGGAGCGCUAAAGCUUGCAACGGAGAUUCAAGUGUUAAGACUGAGCAGCUGUAACUUGGUGGCUGAAGAUUUGGCACUUCUAACAUUACUGACGCAGGAUGGCCAUCUAGCCAGAUUACGGAAGCUGGAUUUGAGUUACAAUAACAACAUCUCUGAUGAAGGGUGGGUCGUUUUCUGUCAAGGCUUAGCAGUAUUCAAAGAACUCUCAGAGCUGGAUGUCAGUCUUCGCCCAUCGUCCCGCCGUGGCUGUGGGACAUGGUUCAGCGAGUUGUUAGCAGCACUGACAAAGCUGCCUGCCUUGGCAGAGCUGGGGCUGCAAAGAUGGGUCCUUUCAGAAUCCCAGCGGAAACGGUUGGAAAGCUUUAAUCAAGACAACAAAAGAAACAUUCGUUUUGACUGUUGACGGAGGUUGAAGGUUUCUGGAAGGCCUUUCACAAGCAGCACAUGAACCAAGUAUUUUGUGUCACUGACUUAGAAGACUGCUGAUUUUUUAGUAAUCUCGUCUCAUAAGAGCUCAUGAAAUAGUUCUACAGUUACAGAAAAAUGGUUAUUUAACCUUCUGGAUAAUUCCAUUUAAUAACAUACUCUUUCAGAUUCUCUGGGCCAUGCUUACACUACUGUAUAUGCUUCAUCUUCAUGUUGCAAGUACUGCAAUGACUGUCAAAAGAGCAAUGAUGAUUUCAGAUGGACACACUGCAGGUCUGCCAGUGGAGGGAAGUGGCAGGGGGGGUGCUAAUGCAGGUGGGUGGGCAGCAGGAGUGUGGCCUCAUGUAUAUAAGGAAAAUGCCUCUAAUGUGAAAAUACUUGAAACUUCUGUUUUAAAUUUUAGUUUCUUCUCCCCCAAAACUUUUGCCUUUUCAUGAAUGCAUUAAAUCUACAUAAUUCUGAGAUUUGGAAAGUAUGCCAACAAUUCAGGAUUGUGUAAUAGUCCAGUAAAGAGAAUACAGAAGGAGCUGUUCUGACUCUGCUCUGGCCCUCGAUGCCAUCUCAUAGUGUAGAUGAGUCCUGUGUACAGAGUCAGCAUAAAAUCAAGGUAAGAAACCUUGUUUUUGUUGUUGUGUGGUAUCUUUGCAUGUCUCGGUCAAGGUUAGAUCAGAGACAUGUCCUGUGUGGCAGGUUAGAUCAGAAACAUGUCCUGCUACCUUAGCAAGGAUUUUUGACAAAAAGCAAUCCAUAAGCAUGCUGAAUAAAGCUAUGCAUUGGCUUCAGGAUGCUUCAGGGAUGUACCUUUUCAUCCUGAGCUGUUUCGGCCUUACCCAGAACGCGCUUUCCAUAUAGACUCUUUUAUGACAUGAAACACAAAACUGGACUUCCAGGUCUAAGAGUCUCAUCUAGAGCGUUAUGGAAGCCAGUAGGAGUCCCCGCAGUGCAUUCAUGCUUCCUGCAUUCAGGAUUAAUCCGUUAACUUUCUCAACACCUUGUGACAUAGACAAUGUUCUUAUCCUUACCCUAAAGAUGAAGGAAAUAAGCAGUCUGUUACUCAAAGCCAUGAGGCAGCUUCUAGCUAAGAGUGCAGCAUCCUGCUCUGUGCUCAAGGCUUGUUAGAAAAAACAUCAACUUGGGACAUGCAAGCGGCUCCUUAUUUUUUUUGGUUUGAUAAUUUCAUGUUUGGCAUUUUAUUGUAUGUGCUUACAUAGAGCCAAAUUCUGGCAUAGUCAUUUGUGUCGUGGAGCAUGUUAACCCACACGUGAGCUCAAACGCUGCAGUGGGAUUAUUCGUUGGUAAGGUAUUUUAGGAAGUAAAGAUAUUAGAUCUGCCCACUGAGUGAGGAGUCUUAGAGAAAUCCUGAGGCAGCUUGAGGGAUAAAGUACUGCUCAAUUAGCUCUGAGUAUAUCUACAUGCUGCAACGGUCUCCUGGAGGAGAGGCAACAGGAUCAUUCAGUAGCACUUUCCUAACUUGUUAAGACCCCUCUCAGCAAGUUCUCCCAUGCAGGUGCAGAUCAAUAUUCAGCUUUCAGUCCCAGUGACCCUUCCAACAUCAGCUUCUCACUGGUGAAGGUUAUAACCUGCAGCUGACCAUGCUGUGCUGGUGCCUCUUGAUUGCUUAAUCCAUGAUUUCAUGUGAGGGUCUCCAUGGACUUCCUGGUUUGAGUUUCAGUUCCACUCAGAAUGCACGCUUGACUCCCCCAGCUCUGAGAAAUUUGAUAUGAAUUGGAGUGUAUUGGUCAGAGGUAGCCUGGGAUUGCUGCUGUGUGGGAUCAGUUAUUUUCUACGGAGAUCCUCAACCUCUGAAAUGAAGCAGAGCCCCUGUUUCAUACAGGGCUAACAAGAAAGACUUUCAAGCAGUGUCUUAAACCAGGAGAGUUAUUCUAACGUGGAAGUACCAUCACCUCUGUUAAACAGCCUCACACCAACCUCUUCUCUUAAUCUCUUGCCUUCCUGUGACUUUAUUCCUCAAAUCUGCCUCUGGUCCAACUAGAAAAUUGAUCCUUUAUCUGUUCUAUGAGAAUCCCUCUGAAUCACUCCUUUCCCACUUGAACCUCUAAUUCAGUAAAGCAGCUGGCCCACGUUUAAAGUCCAGUAUCUUACUGACUGAACUGGACUUCAGUGUUGGGGUUCUUUGCUUCACCACAGUUGGGUUUCUCAUUCUUAGCUCCAGAGCACAGUAUGGACUCAACGCUAGCAACCCCUCCGCUUGCUGUUCAUGAUCCCUUUCUCAGUCUUUAGCCCUCUCAUGGUCCUGUUAUGCCACUGUUGUGCCACUAAAAGUUUUUAUUAAAUCACUUUGUCCUGUCUACCUGCCAGUCUUCCCACAAAUCUCUCUCUUCCAUUGAUUUCCUCCUCAGCAGUCUCUGGAUCAUCCUUCUCUCUGUUCCUCUUUGCCUUCACUUAGGGUGAAAAAAUUUCAUAAGACACCUGCAAACAAUUAAACCAGCAUCAGUUACCUAGUAAAAUGAAAAAUCAAACCUGAGCCAUCCCCCUUUUCUGCACGCCCAGCUCUCUCUGGCCAACAAGCACGUUAAUGGAUUUCAAUAUCAAUCAGUUCAAGAGCUGGACAGAAGAUCGAUCCAUACCCUUGAUGCAGAUGUAGCUGCAGCAUCCAGAGCGCACUGCCUGGAGGUGGAGCUCUAUGGAGAGCUGGGUCUCAGUGCCCCUGCCUUCACCACCUCCUUCAGGAUGCCACAACCUUCCCUGAGGCAACUCAGACCAGGGGAGGGAGAGCAGGACUGCAGUUCCGACCAGCCAGUUCGACUAAAGAAAAGGUUCUGCUCCCACCCACCUGCGCAUUUUGAAGCUGCACAGUGGCUGGUUCCAGUCCAGCUCUGUGCUUUAUGUACACUGCAAAUAACACCCUGGAGGCGUUUAGAGUUUAAGAGGUAACUGAGCAAUACAGAAUAAAAACUUGACAUCAGAUGUCUAGGACAAACAGCUAUGUGUAACAUGCCUUGGGAAGACAUGGUUGCAUAUAAAUUUGGCAUGCCAGAAUUACAGUUAGGAGUGUUUGUCAUGGUUCUUUUGAAUAACAAAGGUGUUAUGACAGGCCAGGGCCCAGAAUCAUUGCAGAAUGUUGCAUUCUGCAGACUCCCUGCUUUCAAGUAGGCUUGUCAUACACAGACAUUUUACAAACUGUCACCAAGCUAUCUCGGCGAUGAGCUAUAACACUAAGGAUCUGACAGCUUGCAGUCAUUCAAAUACUGUAGCUACAGAUUGUCAAAACAUCGCGAACAGUUUUGCAAAAAUGUAGAGAUACUUUCAAAACAGCUUUUUACACCUCUGUAAGACAGGGUGGUAAUGCAGGUUCUGGUAGAAGUGCAUGUAUUCUGACUGCCUGGAAUCCUCCUCCACAUUUCCAAACAAGAUACUGAUCAUUUCUGAAUGUAAAACUCUUUAAAUAACUGCUAGUAGCUGGGGCCACAAACAUUGUUUCACUCUAGAUAUGGCUGUACCUCACUGGACAAUGGAUUUCUAAGA